AUGAGAAUAGAAGAGCUGCAUAUUAGUCUAGAGGCACAAGAGCUUCAUCUGACUGAAAGAACCUCUGAGAGAGAGGUAGAGCAGAUUCUGAAAGCUUCUUUUGUCAAGCAAGAGCAGAAGCAGUCUUGGUCAGAAGCCAAGAAAAGAUAUGUUUUGCCACUUCGCUGUAGAAUGUUGGUCAAAGAGGAGAGGAAACCAGAAGAAGCGAAUAUAGCCAGAAGUACUGAUGAUGAACAUGUGUUAUUAAUGGCUUCUGACUCUGAUAGUACGUCUCUAGAAGACUGGAGGUAUAUGGACACUAGUUGUUCAAACCAUCUUACUGGAAAUAAGAAAUGGUUGGUUGAUUUUAACUUUGGGAAGAGGACCAAGAUCAGAUGUGCUAAUGAUAAGCAUCUGAAUGCUGAAGGAAUGAGGAAUGUUAGAGUGACUCUGAAUAAUGGCAAAUCCGAUUAG